CGCGCGCCACGCCGACUGGCGCGUGCAGGUGGCCGUGAAGCACCUGCACAUCCACACCCCUCUGCUCGACAGUGAAAGAAAUGAUGUCUUAAGAGAAGCUGAAAUUUUACACAAAGCUAGAUUUAGUUACAUACUUCCAAUUUUGGGAAUUUGCAAUGAGCCUGAAUUUUUGGGAAUAGUCACUGAAUACAUGCCAAAUGGAUCAUUAAAUGAACUCCUACAUAAGAAAACAGAGUACCCGGAUGUGGCCUGGCCCUUGCGGUUCCGCAUCCUGCAUGAAAUCGCGCUGGGCGUGAACUACCUGCACAACAUGACCCCUCCCCUCCUUCAUCAUGACCUGAAGACACAGAACAUCCUCCUGGAUAAUGAAUUCCAUGUCAAGAUCGCAGAUUUUGGGUUGUCCAAAUGGCGCCUGAUGUCCCUGUCCCAGUCACGAAACAGCAAAUCUGCACCAGAAGGAGGCACAAUUAUCUACAUGCCGCCUGAGAACUACGAGCCUGGGCAGAAGUCCAGGGCCAGCGUCAAGCAUGACAUAUACAGCUAUGCAGUUAUCACAUGGGAAGUCUUAUCCAGAAAACAGCCUUUUGAGGAAGUGACCAAUCCUUUGCAGAUUAUGUAUAGUGUGUCACAAGGACACCGACCCGACACUAGUGAAGAAAGUCUGCCAUUUGAUAUACCUCACCGAGCACUGAUGCUCUCGCUCAUAGAAGGCGGGUGGGCACAAAACCCCGAUGAAAGGCCGUCCUUCUUAAAAUGUUUAAUAGAACUUGAGCCAGUUCUGAGAACAUUUGAAGAGAUAACUUUUCUUGAAGCUGUUAUGCAACUAAAGAAAACAAAGUUACAGAGUGCUUCGAUUACUAGUCACUUCUGUGACAAGAAGGAAACGGAGUUACCUCUGAACAUAGCUCUAAGUCAUGGUCCACAGGAGGAAUCGUGUGGAUCUUCUCAGCUCCAUAAACAGAGCGAGAGCGGUUCUCCCGGAACUGCUCAGUCCCUGUCAGCUCCUCAGGACAAUGGCUUGUUACCCGGGAAAACCCAGGACCUGCCCACGCUGCACCACUGUCCGGCGAAUCACAGCUGGGACAGCGGCGUGUCUGCGGCUCAGAGGACGACACUCUGUGAGCACAGGACGGCCCCGCACUCUUUAGCGGUCAUAAAUCCACUGUCAGCCGAGGGGCAUCCAGCCCUGCUCUGUGCAGAGCGCUCACAGCCUGGCCUGGCCCAGCAGUGGAUCCAGACCAGAAGGGAGGACAUUGUCACCCAGAUGACAGAAGCCUGCCUGAACCAGUCCCUCGACGCCCUUCUGUCCAGGGACCUGAUCAUGAAGGAGGACUAUGAACUCGUCAGCACCAAGCCCACGAGGACCGCCAAAGUCAGACAGUUACUGGACAUCACUGACAUCCAGGGCGAAGAGUUCGCCAGAGUCAUAGUACACAAGCUGAAAGACAACAAGCAGAUGGGUCUUCAGCCCUACCCGGAAAUGCUGAUGCUUUCUCAACCGCUGUCCCUAUUUCAAAAUAAAAGCCUAUAGUGACCCUUUUUCAAGAAGAACAGUUUAU